AUGGUAAAAUGGAGCUGGACCUCCGCCCUGAUUGGCGCAGCCACCGCCACUGCCACGACGAUGAUACUCUCAUCUAAGCCUCGAGACCCAACGUUCCACCUAAUCUCAGUCAAUCUCAGAUCUCUCAAAUUCAACUUCCCACUCCUCAACGCCGAACUGAUCCUCACCGUCCACGUCACCAACCCUAACAUCGCCCCCGUCGACUACUCUGCCGAGUUAUCCAUCUUCUACGAAGGAUCUCUUCUCGGCUCGGCUAAAGUCAAAGCCGGCUCGCAAGCCCCUCGGUCUUGCCAGCUCCUCCACCUUCCGACUAGGCUCAGCGGUGUUGAGCUGGCUCAUCACGCAACGAAGUUUCUGGCGGAUGUGGCGGCAAGAGAGAUGGUGCUCGAUGCGGCGGCGGAGAUCGAGGGUGUGGCUAAGGUGUGGUGGUGGAACCAUAAGUUUAGGGUCCACGUGGAUAGUCACAUGACCGUUGAUCCUUUGUUCCUGGAUGUUAUUGAUCAGGAUAAUACGUCCCGGAUGAAAGUUUUUGUCACUUGA